CAGUGUUUCUGUGUCUCCUCCUUCAAUCUCUCCAUCAUGCCCCGUUCCCUGGCGCUCACAGCUGUUUCUAUUCCCCUUCUGCAUAACCCGGGCUGCUAUGAGUUCUCGUACUUGAGCAAUUCAUGGGUUUCAUUGACAAAGCUCAGCCACAUUUCGCUGAAUCACAAGAACCAAUUUCAGCGAUUCUCCCUAGUCAAUGGCAACGACAAUGUCAAUGGUUAUGGGUUGUCGGAUGCUGAAAGCUUCUCCGCUAAAUCUCAAGGGGCAAUUGGAAAUAGUGAUAGUGGUGAAGGAGUACCUGUCACAUCCAAUGAGAUUUUGAAGAAGUUAAGGAGAUAUGGGAUUUCUGGAUUAUUGUCAUAUGGACUACUGAAUACUGCUUACUAUCUUACGACAUUUCUCUUGGUAUGGUUCUAUGUUGCUCCAGCACCUGGGAAGAUGGGUUACGUCCCAGCUGUUCAGAGAUUUCUCAAAAUAAUGGCCAUGGUGUGGGCCGGAAGCCAGGUCACCAAGCUUGUACGAGCUGGAGGGGCCCUUGCCCUUGCUCCUUUGGUAGACAGGGGACUGUCAUGGUUCAGUGUCAAGUUCCAUUUUGAGUCUCAGGGCAAGGUGACAAUGAAUUUUAAAAAUUCUAUUAUAUGUUCUGAUUACAAGCAUCAAUCUCAUUUCAUUCCAAUUUCCAGGCUUUCACCGCAAUUGUUGGAAUUUGCUUCGGACUUGCCCUCGUUUUAUUUUUUGUUGUGACAUUGCUUUGGGCCUAAAGCCAUUUCUGCUUUCUGUUCUCACUCCAUUGAAGGGAGUCAUCAUCUAUGAACAUGAUAUUGGCUUCUUUAGAUUUCCUUUCAUGUUUCUCCAUCUAUGUUUUGUUUUGUUCUUUUUUUUUC